AUGAAGCUUAUACUCGUCUUCGCUUUUUUGGCUCUUAUUUGUAUGGCUCGAACAGCACCGACGCCAUCAUCAACAUCACGUGUACUUAUUUUACCUGAUUAUCAUGAAGAAAACGACCAUGAAGAUAAAACUCAUACAAAUAUUGACAAUAAUCAUGAUGAGGAGGAGGAUGAAGAUGAACAUCCAUCAACAACAACAACUAUUCGUUCAACUCCUGGAUUUCCAUCAAGAAAUCCUGAUUUAAUACCAACGCGACGACCAAUACGAACUCAACGUACAUCAUCAAUACAAACAACAUCUACUUUUGGUGUUGAUGAUGAUGAUAUAGAAACUAUUGAUGAAUAUAACGGCGAUUAUAGACAUUUUCAAGAUCUUCGUAAAUAUCUCCAACAAAUAAUUGAAGAAUUUAGAAAAAUGGUUCGAAAAAUAAUGGGUUCUGAUUUUGGUGAUACAUCACAACAGAAUUCAAUCAAUCAAUAUGAUCAUUAA